AUGGGGGGGAGUUGGAUGUUUUUUGCUGCAGGUGCCUUAAUGGCAAAAUCACUACCUGUGAUCGAAGGCAGUUGGCGUUAUAUGGGUGGAUCAUCAAUUGUAUUUCACUCAAUGAAAACAUUUAUAUUUGGAAAAUUAGUUAGAACUAUAGAAUAUCCAGAUGGUGAGAUGGUAUCAAUUGUAAUUAGAACCAAUAAUUUGAAUAGAUUAAAGAAUGAAAUCAUUAAGCAACAACCAGCAUUAUUUCCAGGUGUAGAGUUAGAUUUUAGUGAUGUCAAAUAUUUAUCAAGAUGGACACCACCACAUUUCACUGAACCAUGUAUAAAGAAUAAAGAUUUAAAGAUGGUACCUGAUGGUGGUGUUAUCUUUUGGUCAAGAUUCGACUCCAUCCCAAAGAGAGGUGUAACAUUAGAUAUUAAAGAUAAGGAAAAUAUUAAACUCGAUCAAGCAAUCCAAUACGUUUCAAAAUUAGGUAAAGGCGGUGUCGCUGAAGAAUCUUUAAAAUUAACUGAACAACAAGAAAAUGCUCUAAUAGAUUUACUUUUGGAAAAGGAUGAGGCAAUCUUGGCUCUACAUAGAAAUUUUAGUCCUUAUCCUAAUAUUUUCAAAUAUCAUGCUCUGCGUUAUUUAUCUCAUAAAAAAGGUUUAAAUUUUGAACAACCUUCUACAAAAUUUAAAAAUGAUAUAGAAUUAUCACAACCACCACAACAACAACAACAACAACAACAACAACAACAACAACAACAACAACAACAACAACAACAACAACAACAACAACAACAACAACAAACGCAACAACAGCAACAACAAACACAACAACAAACUAAGCCGAUUCAAACUGAUUCUAAGACAUCAACAAAACCACCAUCUAUUACUGAUAUAAAUGCAACAAUAUAA